AUGGCCAAGCGCCGCCGGACCACGACCACCGCGUCGAGUUUGCUGGAUGCCAAGGACCGUCUCGAUGCCAGCUGGGAAAAGGCACACGAAGAACUGUGUGCCGCCACCCAGGGCGUUUCUGAGGCGGAUGCACAGCUGCGACUGCUGGAGCAGGCGUCGGUGUCCAAGCAGAAGCGGGACAUGUUUGUGGUCGGCCUGCUGUACACCAUCUUGGUGGACGCCAGUCAGGCACCGCGUGCGUGGGCGGACCUUGCUGCCAUUGGCCAGGCGGAUCAUACUGUAUUGGUCCGCAACGUGGGCUACCUUGCCCAGGAUAAGUUCCCUCGUCUGCGCGCAUCCUGUCAGACGCAGCUCCUGUGGCUGAUUGAUCAAAUGCUGGAAUCCCGCAUCCCAGACAUGCACGACGUGUUCGUGUGUGCGCUGCGCCAGCUGUCGAGCAACACAGCCACCAACAAGACGAGGACGGGCCUACUCAGGCAGCUGCUCAAGAUCAUGUCUGCGCACAGCCAGUUCCUGGCGGGGCGGCGGGAGACGGUGCAGGCGUGUGUGUAUGUGCUGCUGCGGCUGAUGGUUGAACACCACUGCAUCGAGGCCCUGCACCCGCUCAGGGACGCGGAGAUUGCCCAGCAUAUUCCUCUCGCCUCCGAGUUUCCUCACAGUACCAUCUUCAUCACCACCACCACCGUUGUUGGCAGCAUUGCGUCUGUGCUGUUCACCCGCAGUUCACGACGCGUGAUUGCAAUGCGGAUUCCACCGCUCGUCGAAGCCCACCUCAUGUUCAUCCUCACACACCUGCACACGUGUGAGGCAACAAAGCACGUGCGAUGGUUCACGGAGCGCCACGUCGGCGGCGAGUGGGCGGAACCGCUCGUUGCAGACCUCAUCCGCUUCAUCUGCUGCAACUACCACCCAAGCAACAAGGUGCUGGCGUCUCCGAUUGUAAAGCGGUUUGAGGUUGUGCUGCAGCUGCUGAUGUCGUGCAGCACAAACGCCGGCGGACAGAACGCAAAGCUGGCGCUGUUCUUCGACCUGCUUGUGUUUGAGCGCGGCGACAACAUCAUGAACAUUGAGCCCGGCAUCCUCCUCCUCCGGCACACGUCGCGCAACCACCCGGCCGUGUGGGCUACCCUCAUCGACUUUCUCGUGCUCAUCGCAGCGCACCUGCACCCGCCCAUCGCCCAGCGCGUGCGGCGCAGCGUCGCGCUCGGAUUCAACACGGCGGUAUGGCGUUCGGGGCGAUUAAUGUUCUUUGAUGGCCUCAUUGAGCAGUUUGGAAUGAGCAAGACGCGUUCGUUUUCGCAGCUGUUUGACCGAAUUAUGACGCGACUGGAGGAGGUGGCGGGCAAACCGGGCAAAGAGAGCGACGCUGCGUUCUGCGCAUCGCUCGCGGGGGCGCUGCUGCCCGCCGUCCUCGUCUGCCUGGACGACUUUGGACACAGCAGCGCCGACGCAAUCCGAGAAACACCGCUGUACAUGUGGCCGCAGCUUCCCGAGUUCCCUCUGCCGCCGGCGUCGCACCACGUCCUCAUCGCCCGCGCUCUCGACGCACAGGCGUCACAGCAGACCAAGUUUGCCGCGCUGGCGCAGCAGCUGCUGUCACAGUUGACAGCACGCGAGCCCCGCAUGUCACUGCACGUACUGCUGGUGGCACUCCGUGACCGUUCGUCCAGACAACGCCCCCAGGACUCCACGGCCAUGAGGACGUACAUGCGUCUGCACGACAAGACGAACAUGCGGCAACUCGUGGAGCCCGUGUUGCGUGACAUAUCCACUGCCGCUGCCGACCUCCCACCGCUCGUCGAUCCACUCCUUCUCCACGCCGUGCAUGCGCUCGGCGUCGCGUGUGUGUCGUGCAACCCCGUCCUCCUCCACGCGCUGUGUGCGCGCCUGUCUGUACGCGGGUGGUCUGCGCUGUGCCACGCCCUCUCGUGCAUCGCGCUGCCCAAACUCCUCGUUGGCGAUGAUCAACGCGACAAUGAUUCCGAUGCCCAGCAGCCGGUCGCCAGCUCAUAUCCAGCCAUGCCCCCGCCAAGUGCCCCUGUACGACUGCAGCGGCGCGUGCGGCGAUUAUGGCAAACUGUGAUUGCAGCAAUGGCAUUGGCAGGGACAGCAGCCACCACAUCAACAACUGACUCUGCGUCUCCUCCUCGUGAAUAUGAAGCCGAUAGCGGUGAUGGUGCCGCUCUGAGCGCCACAGCAUCACACGCCAACGCUUCUCCGAAUCAGCACAAUCAUCAGCAACACCACCAUUCUCGUCGCCGUUGGGGUAUUGCGGCAUCUGCGGCUGUUCGGCAUCGGCUGAUGGAAGUGAUGGACUUGGAGCUUUGCAUGGUGGACCCUGCAUUCUCCCUGGAGGUUGUUCGCCAGGCGCCGCCGGCCGCUGCCGUCCAUUUCCACUCCGCAAUUGCGCGAAUCCUCACCCGUCUGGGACCAACAGCAGCCACCCUGCGACUGGUAAUUGCGCUGCAGUCAUCGUGUGCGCACGUGACCGCGUCUGUUGUCGGCGUGUGGGCGCAGCAGCAAGCAGGGCAGCUCUUCGAGGCAGCACGCACGCUGCUCACACACGUGGAGGCAGACGUGGUUCGGGAGGAGAAGCAGCGAAAGGAUGGUGAUGGUGGUGGCGAUGGUGAUGAGACAGGAAAGGUUGAUGCGAGCGGUGGCUCCCCGUCGCCGUCCUGGCUCUGGUUAAACGAGUUGAACGCGUUUUGCAAAGAGACGACGCGUGGCUCUAAUAUCAUCAGCCUGGUGAGAGGAACGCUGGUGAAAGACCUCGCUGUCCGCGAAACACUGGUGGCAAUCUUCACCGCAGCCCCGCCGUCCUGGCGCACGGACUUUGCCGCGCUUCUCUCGCUGUCGGGCAUCCAUACGUCAUCGUCCUCGACAACAUCAACGACGCAAUGA